CAAAGGGUUAAAACUGUUCCUUCCCCCGAUCGCUCCGGCUCCUGCCAGGCGGAAGUUGGAACGAGCAGUUCAAGUUCAAGCCUUGUUUCUGUGCAUGAUUUUUCCUCAGGAACCGGCCAGGAAGGAGCCCCAGAGAUGGCCCAAGAUUCCCAGUGCCAGAAUUCCCACCUCUAUUACUACAGCAUCAAAUUUGCCCUCUCCACCUACUCCACGCUGUUCUCGAUCCUGGGCCUGGUGAUCCUGUGCAUUGGGAUUUAUGCCGAGGUGGAGAGGCAGAAGCACAAGACCCUGGAAGGGAUUUUCCUGGCUCCAGCCGUGAUCCUGCUUCUGCUGGGAGUCACCAUGUUCGUGGUGUCCUUUGUGGGAAUGGUGGGGAGUCUCCGGGACAACCGGACACUACUGAAGACGGACAUGUUCCAACUGGGAAUUGGAGGGGGCUGCUCAUCCUCUGGGAAUGAAGCAGCAGCAGGUUUUCACCCCUGGCAGCCAGACCUGCAGCUGGAAACAUUUCCUUGGGAUCAUCUCAGUAUUCCAGCCAGAGAGGGUUUGGAUGCUCCACUUGGAGGAUUUUUUUGGUGAAGAAGAGCUGGAUUUUACUCAGACUUCACUGGUUUUAGGCUUGUGCUGGAGACCUGGAUUUGGGGCUGCUGUGCUUGCAAUUCCUCUCUGAAUGAUAAACAUGUGGAUAUUAUAUUAUA